AUGAAACAACAACAGCAUAGUAUGAAUAUCCUAUGUAAAACCACAGUACACGAAAGUGUUACUAAGAAAUACAUAAAACCAAAGAGAAACAUGAAUGCAAGAAAAAACAACCACAACAACAAAAAUUCUAUUCAAACCGAAUUACCGAAAGUGAUUCGUGUUAUAACUACUGAUCCAGAUGCUACUGAUACUGAUUCAUCCGGUGAUGAAUCAGUAUCAGUAUCACAGUUUUCAGUCCCUCGCCGGAGAAUCAGAAUCAAACAGUAUGUCAACAUAAUCGAAAUCAAAACCGUUGCUUCGACGGUUUCCCGAAACAAGAAAAGGUCAGCCAGAGAAAUGAAAUCUUCCCGGAGACCGGCGAAGGUACAAGCAAUCACUGGAGACGAGAGAAAAUACCGCGGUGUACGGAUGAGGCCGUGGGGAAAAUGGGCUGCCGAGAUUCGAGAUCCUGCGAGCCGUGUUCGGUUGUGGCUCGGGACUUUCACCACCGCAGAAGAAGCUGCUAAGGUUUACGAUGCUGCAGCUAUUAAGUUUCGUGGUAAAGACGCUGUCACCAACUUUUCCACUAUUGAGAAUGUGGAAGAAGAUGAAGAUGUGAAGAGAACGACGACAAUGAAGGUUGACGAAAUCAAAACGGAAAUCUCCGUUUCCGGCGAGGAUUCCGGCGAUGAGUUUGUUAAUCUAUAUUCUCCAACUUCUGUUCUCCGGUUCAGACCGGAUGAGAUUCAUGAAUCAAAUAAACCGGUUGAACCAGUUAAUGAAGAUGAACCAGUUGAACCGGUUGAACCCACUGAACCGGUUGGUGAAUGUGAAACGAGUUUUUUCGAAGAAACUAAUGAGAUUUUCCGACAGGAAAUGGGGGACGUGUUUAAUUUUCCAACAACCUCUGAUUACUAUUACUCAAACAUAUUUGAUUAUGCUCCUAUGCAAUUUGUUCAUGAAACGACACCGGUUCUGUUUAACGAGUGUCGUUUCAGUGAUCACGUGGGAGUUGAGAAAACGCACUCACUAUCACCAACACUAUCACCAUCAGCAUCAGCUUUAUGUGAAGGUGAUGAUUUUCUUGAUGACAUCUUGUUUGGUUUAGAGCCUCUCACUGCGCUUUGA